UGAACAGCAGGGGUCCAGGAUGAGUUACCUGGAUGGAGUCCCUUUCAGGGUUUCCAAGAGUUUUAUGGUAGAAUGGGAACCAACCACAGCCUCCAACUUCUGUGUACCUGACUGCAGAGAGCUCCUGCUAGGCUCCAUGCAUGAUUUUUCCCUGGAGAGAAAGGUGCUUUACUGGUUGGAGGCUGCAACAAGACAAGAGAUGAGUUGGGGAAAUGAGGCCCCUGGGAUGGCCACUGCACCUCCGUGUUGGCUCCUUUUGGUUGACUCAUUGGAUACAUCCAGUGCAGCUGAAGCUGAGCAACAAGAGGACGGAGAGAAAAACUCUACUCAACUUGGGAGCUGGAAAUGUGGGGAAGAUGGAUUCACUGAGGAGGAGGAAGAAGAAGAGGAGGAGGAAGAGCAAGAGGAGGAGGAGGAGGAUAGUAGCCCCAAGGAGAUGCCAUCUCCCAGCUCUUUCCGGGGCCCCAGGCCAUUCCUUGAAAAAGGUUAUACUAGCUCCCCAGGGUCACCAAGUCUAGGCCAUCGGAGGAGGUCUCUAGACAUCUUCCACAAUGUGAAGAACGAGCUGGAGGGUGUCCGAAGAAGGUUAUCAUUGCUGCUGCCUCCAUUGAGUCGGGCCGCUUCACCCGAGCGCAGACUGGCUGCCAAGUCCUUGGCUCUCUACCACCGAUUCAGGAACAACAGGACCAUGACCUCUACCGCACCUGUCCUUGACGUGCCUCCCCCGGCACCCCCAACAACGCCUCCAAGACCAUCCACAGCCGGCUGUAUCCCUCCCAUCUGGAGUCACAAGCCCACGGUCCCAUCUCUCAGCCCAUACUCCUGCCUCCCACCUUGUCCUGGCACUCCAAGUCCUCUCAGUUCUGAUAACAGCCACCCAGAUUCCACUGCUGAUCUGCUGUCUGCCCUGAGUCAGGAGGAGCGAGACCUCAUUGAACCUGUACUGGCUCUAGGGUACCCCCUGCGCAGGGCCGUUCUGGCUCUGCAGAGGACAGGGAGGCAGAGCCUGAGCCAGUUUCUCAGCUACCUCAGUACAUGUGAUCGACUGGUCAAGCAGGGCUAUUCCGAGAGCCUGGUGGAGGAGUCCAUGGAGAUGUUUCAGUACUCGGAGAGCAAGGCAUCGGAAUUUCUGCAUCUCUGGGAGCAGUUCAGUGACAUGGGCUUCCAACAAGACAGGAUCAAGGAGGUCCUCCUGCUUCAUGAGAAUCACCGGGAGCAUGCUCUGGAGGAGCUCAUGACUCGAGCCCAGUGA